AGAAAAAUUCUGAAUAGGAUUCGAAUUCGCUAUCGUUACCGACAUUGAAUUGAUUUUUCAUUUUUAAUUUUUCAUUUCAUUCUAAAUUAAAGGCUAAAUUAAAUUUAAUAAACUGCAUAAAAGGAGAUGCACCAUGGCACUCUCUCCCACAACAUCAUAACGUGUAAGAGAAGAGAGAAAGCAAGCUUAUUAUCGAAAGAAGAAAGAAUAAUAUAAUGACAACACUUGGUGGAGUUCGCGAUGUGCCAGGAAACCAGAACAGCCUUGAGAUCGAUAGUCUCGCCCGCUAUGCUGUUGAGGAACACAACAAAAAACAGAAUUCUCUUCUGGAAUUUGAAAGGGUGAUAAGUGCAAAACAGCAAGUGGUUUCUGGAACCUUGCAUCACAUCACUCUUGAGGCAAAAGAUGGGGUGAAUAAAAAGGUUUAUGAAGUCAAGGUUUGGGAAAAGUCUUGGAUGAACUUCAAGGAGGUGCAGGAGUUCAAGCUUGUUGAAGAUGCAUCUGCGGAGUCAAGUGCUUAACUAGGUUAAUAAUAAUUAAUAAAAGUCAUGUUCCUAGCUUGGCUCGAAGGUGAGACGCCUAAGGAUAAUUUAAAACCAGGAUAUGUAUGAAAUAGAUCCAACUCUUGCUUUCAGGAUUUAGUACUUGUAAUAAUGAUGGAAUUUUAGUUUUCAUAAUAAAUCAUCUACUAUUACAUUAAAAAAACAAAACACUAAUAAAAAUAUACUACUGUUCUUAUUAAUUUUAA